UCGUCUCGGCCGCCGACAUGCCCUCCAGACUGAGGAAGACCCGGAAACUUAGGGGCCACGUGAGCCACGGCCACGGCCGCAUCGGGAAGCACCGGAAGCACCCAGGGGGCCGGGGGAAUGCUGGCGGCUUGCAUCAUCACAGGAUCAACUUCGACAAAUACCAUCCAGGUUACUUUGGAAAAGUCGGUAUGCGACAUUACCACUUGAAGAGGAACCAGAACUUCUGCCCAACUGUGAACCUUGAUAAAUUAUGGACCUUGGUCAGUGAGCAGACCAGGGUCAAUGCUGCCAAAAAUAAGACUGGAGCUGCACCCAUCAUUGAUGUGGUUCGGAUGGGGGAGAUGACUAGUGGCCCCUUCGACGGCCAUUCACAAGCUUUAAGAGCCCAGUUGUUAUUUUCCAAAGAAAGAUACAGAACAUGGUCAUCGUAG